GGCGGUCAAAGUUCAAAGCUUUACGUUUCAGUUAUAAAUAGAAGUAAGACACUCUGGCAUCUGAAUUCUUGCCGUGUGCUUCGUCCGCUUCACUGGGCUAUUAAUAAACGGGAAAAUGACAACGACUCACGACAGCGCUGAGACUAAAAAAGAAAUUUUAAUCGACGGAUACUUCUACGAUAUAACUAGUUUUGCUAAAAUCCAUCCCGGUGGACGUGUAAUUGAGUAUUAUGCCAAAAAUGGUGAGGACAGCACUCUUGCCAUACAACAAUUACACCGGCGGUCCAUAGAAAAAGUCAGGAAGACAAUAAGUACCUUAAAAAGGCGACCAGCUACAAACAGUGAAAUUGGAUUAGAUCCUAUAGUGCUAGAGAAGAACCGCAGUUUCACUGAAGAUUUUACGAAAUUGUACCUGGAAUUGGAAAGUGAGGGAUGCUUUACAACGUCGUACACACAGGCAUUGAUACGUCUGGUGGAAGUGUUCGUCUUUACCGGUAUUGGGUUAAAGUUUUUCAGCCAACAUAGCGUUUUGAAGGCGGUGGGAUUCAUAUUUAUUCUGAUUGGUCGAGUUCGAGCCGCGUUUUUAGUGCAUGAGAUUGCUCAUUUUUCCUACACUGGUCAUCCGAAAAUCGAUCGAAUUAUGGCAUCGCUUGUUGACGGGUUUUUUGUCGGACUUUCCGGAUCGCGAUGGAGGAAUCAGCAUAAUCGACACCACGCAAUGCCGCAAAGAUUAAAUCAUGAUAUUGACCUUGAAACAAUGCCCCUUCUAGCCUACAAUGCUAAAGUGAUUAGGGAAGCUAAAGAUGGAAAGGGGUUCCUUCUUCAAAAUCAGGCGUACCUAUUUGUGUUCGAUACUCUACUGGUGGGAAUGAUUUGGACGUUAUAUCAAGAUCCCAAAUAUGUGUUGAAACAUAAGAGUUACGUCGACCUUGUUGCCCUGAUCGGCCAUUACGUGCUUUACUAUCAUCUUGGAUUUUGGACAUGGUUGUUCUGUCUGUGGGGCGUUGCAUUUUAUUUCGUUUUAACGUUCUCGUUGAAUCACACAUUCUUACCAGUAACAACCGAACCAACUCAUUGGAUCGAAUAUGCACUACAUCACACAGCCGAUGUUCAACACGAACCAUUGUAUGACUGGGCCACCGGAUAUCUUAAUUAUCAAAUCGAACACCAUUUAUUCCCGACGAUACCCAAUUUCCGAUUGUCAUCGAUCAAACAUAGAGUGAGAGCGCUGGCUGAAAAGCAUAACAUUUCGUACCAUAUUCACACGUAUCCAGAAGCUGUGCGGAAAACGUUCAAUAAUUUGUCGGAUGUAUCUGAACAAGUGAAACAAACAUGAGAUUGAGUAAACAAUGGAUUUGAAAACU